ACCACCGCCAGGUACGCCACCUCUACCCCUAGAUCUCCUUCUCUUCUCUCUCCGAUUUGCUUUCCGGCGACUCAAGCUCUCAAUUUCCGUUCUUGUAAUUCCACUGUGGUUGGUUUGAUGCUUUUCUUUGCUCUUGUAACUGGAUUUUGUGGCCAGUUAUGAUCAGCUUACUCUAGUGGUAGAUCUGUGUGUUGAUUUGUGUUAGUGAGUGAUUGAGAAGUUUCUGCUGCUAUUGAUUUGAUCUGUUGCUUAAAUUCUGUGCAAUUUGUGAAUUUAUGGAUGAAAUUGUUUGCAUGUAGAGCCUAAUCUGUAUGAAAUGAUCCACUAGGUUUUGAAUGAGUUAAGUUUUGAAUGGAAUUGGAAGGUUUAGUUGUUCUGGUUUCGAAAAUUAGGUUCAUUUUUUGGGUUGUGUUUGGUGGAGGACCGAAACAGUAGAGGUAUUGGCUUUAAAUUUGUGUAUAUGGCUAUAAUGUGUACUUCAGAUUCGAAAAACAAAGCUAGUUUUCGUAAUCGAUUAUGGUAGUAGGAAAGAAAAACGGCACUUUCUUCGUGCCGCAGAAACAUUUAGGUAAGAGCUACCUUGCCCGCCAGUUGAUUAUGAAGAUUUUAAGAUUCAUGUUUACUCUUGGAUUUACUGUUAAUGGUUUGUUUGUUUUUUUGCUUUUAUGUUGAUUAAGCAUUACAAGAGUUACAUAUCUUAUUGAUUAAGUGCUACAUUGAGGGAGGGUCUUUUCUAUUGCUAUGUACAUGAUGGUGUAUUUGAAGCGUAGCAUGGACAAUUUUGUUUAUUUUCCUAAAUAUGCAUUCCAAGCAUUUCUGCUUGUAACAGAUUCGUUGAAGAAUAUGGGUCGUGGAGUCAGCAGCGGUGGGGGUCAGAGUUCCUUGGACUAUCUUUUUGGGAGUGGAGAGGCUCCAAAGCCAAGAACAAACAAUGUCCAAGCUGCCCCAAAGGAAGUGCAGGCUGUGAAUGAACCUACUCCCAAACCAACGGCUUCUCCUCCCCCUCCCAAACCUGAACCAGUAGAUAUCACCAAGCAGAUUCCUGCUGGUAUCCAUAGUACUUCUACAAAUAACUACUUGCGUGCAGAUGGCCAAAACACUGGAAACUUCAUUACGGAUCGACCCUCUACUAAGGUCCACUCUGCCCCAGGUGGUGGAUCUUCUUUGGGUUAUCUCUUUGGUGGACCAGCUGGAAACUGAGUGCCUUCAUAUUGUUGAUUUUUGUGGAACAUUUACAAUCAGGAUGGGGAAUGUUUUCAUCCUUUACAUAAACAAUGAAAACUUUAUGAAUCAUGAGAUGUAAUAUAGGUGUUGUGAUUGUUGGGAUUAUUCAAUCAGGAGUGCUCUAUUUUAGAUGCUUAAACAUCUGAUUUGGAUUUCUUUGUCAUGGACAAAGCAGUUCUCUCGGUGCAUGUGUGAUGUUUUCUGUAAUUUUCAAAGCAGUGCUAUAUUUUGCCAACGGUUCAUAUCUUUUAGCCAUC